GAUAAAUUUGUGCUCAUGAACGCGUUACUCCAACCUCUGGCACUUCAGUCGCGACUUUAUCCUACCUUGCGAAGCUUCAGUUUCUGGCUCGGGCCGCACGCACUUAGCGCUGUGUUGCCUACAGUACACGCAUGCAAAAUAACAUAAACUAGUCUCCAUUGGUGGCAAAAGGACGCUGUCCAGCGAAAGGAAAUCCGAGUCAGCAUGGGGAUAGAAAAGUUUUGUUUCUUUCGGCGCAAUUCCCUCGCUGUAGUGCAUUGCUCCAUAUAACUGGCUUCAUUUAUACGUUGCCUCAACGCUGUCGUUGCCGAACGUGCAAGAAAAUGCUUGGAAUGAAUGCCCUGGGCCGCUCGACGACGACUCGCCCUUCGCGCACAUCGCGGAUGGCUGGUGGCCGGCGCCGCUGCGGAUGGCGGCGAUGCCUGAAGCUCCAAGCGGCCUCGACAGACCAGCACACGUCCUCGUUCUUCCUGCCCAACGGGAACGGCUCCGGCAUGGGCAGUCCGCAGGCGGAGUUCAACCUGGACGCCAUCGCGCCCUCAGCCUCGACCGACCCGCACCAGACGCCCGAGGUGGUGUGGGGCCCCGGCAAGAGCCCGGAGCAGAUCGCCAUGAAGCUGAUGAGCCUCACAGAGCGCCAGCGGGUGGCGAUUGCGGCGCGAAUCGACCCCGCCACCUACUCGGCAGUGCGGAUGCACGCCCCAGGUGUGGAGUACAACGCCCGCGCCAUGACGCUGAAGCUCAAGUCGGCGAGCGCCGACCAGCUGCCCAAGCCGCGGCGGCUGCCGGGCAGCGUGGCGGUGGUGAGCGCCGACACCGCCGACCAGGCCAUCGCCGAGGAGGUCAGGGUACUGACGGACUACAUGGGCGGAUACAGCUUCGCGAUUCGUGACGUGGGCUCGGCACACCUGCACGCGCUGCUCUCCAACGUCGACUCGCUGCGCGCAGCUGACGUGGUAGUGGUGGUGGCCGGCACCGACUGCGCGCUGCCGUCUCUGGUGGCGGGCUUGACGCAGUCUCCCGUGAUUGCGGUGCCGACUAGCGCCGGCUUUGGCGCCGCGCUUGGCGGCAUGGCGCCACUGCUUGCGGCGCUGUCUGCCAACACGCCCGGCGUCACGCUGUGCAACAUCGACAACGGCUACGGCGCCGCCGCCAUGGCCAUUCGCAUACUCAAGAUGGCGACGCGCCUGCACGCCGUGCGCAGCGCGGCCGAAGCGGCGCAGCGGGCGGUGGAGGAGGCGACCGCUGCGGCGGCAGCCAUGGUGGAGAGCUCGAGCCCCAGCUCCUCCCACAACUGAUUGUGUGGCCUGGGGUUUGGUUGACAGCAGGCGCGUGUGCUGAUGCUGUUGUUGGAGCGGUGGUGCGGGUGUGGUCGUAGGAUCGUGAGUGGACUGUGUCGGCGAACUGUUUGACGCGGAUUGUUUAUUAGAGGCAGAAGGGGCGCGGGUCGCAUGCGUCCUUGCCAUGCGACUGCGCGCCCCUGCGGCAAGCCCAGAUACCACCGCUGUGCGCGGGGGCUGUGGCUGUGGCGAAUGUCUGUUUGGACUUGCUUGCAUGGGGCAUGCCGUCAGACGCGCCGGACGCGGAGCAGGAAGCGCUCAAAGGGUGCCGGGAGCGCGCGUUUGCGCGGUGAUUUGCUGCGCGCCGAGUUCGCCGCACUCGUAUGGUGCUGCUUGUGUGGUCUCAGCGUGUAGCACUGAUUGUGUGUUUGUGUGUUGGAGCAGGAUGGCACCAGGUGGGCCUUUGGUCGUACAUGCGGCUGUGGCACCUUGGUUUGCGAUCUGGUGCGAAGUGAGAUGGCUCUCGUGCUGGGGGCCAGUUUGCGCGCUUGAGCAAACUAGAUUACUACUACGGUAACAAGCCUUAGUACCUAGAGCGAAGCGAGAGGAGUGUGCGAGAGCGGCCUGCGCUGCAAUGAUGGCGGGGUGCAGUGUGUGGGCUGGGCAUGCGGCGGCGUGGCGUGAUGUUUGCGCUUGGCGGCGUGGCAUGUCGCUGUGGAGGCGAGACAGGGAUAGACUCGACUGAAUGACAAUUUCGCGGCCGGAUUUCCAAGAGCCGACGGCCAGCGGCCGCUAAGGAGAGCGGCCAACUCGUGACAUGGCGAGAGCCGCGUUCCUAGGCUUGCUUGAGGUUGGGUCUUGGAUGGUUGCGUGUACAAUAGGCCUGAGUCUAGGUUGGGAGGUGGUGGGGACAAUGUGCGCCCAUGAUCCGCAUACGGUGUUCGAUUCUCUGCGCACGGAUGCACGUACAGAUUGCCGAGGCUGGCAACUGGUGGGGUUGAGAAGAAGGGAGAUUGUGUGAUGUGCAUGCGGUAUGUCUGCUAUCUUCGGCGGGGCGCAUAACGGGGAAUUCCCGUCGCAGAACGGAUUCGGUUUGCGUUGUGGCCAGGUGUGGCAGAGCAGCUCUUGGCGAGCAUCACAUAGACGUGAUGUGCACGGGCGGCGUUGUGCGGUUGCGGCCGGCGCUGCUCCUAGGACAGCGGCGUGCGUUUUGUCAACUCGCGAGAAUAAUUUUAUAGCUGACCGCCCGUCCAUAAGGGCGAGGUGGAAACAUGCUGCACUCAACAAGUUGCUGCCGCGGCGCAUGCUCGCAGCAGCAUGGCCACGUGUUGUGGUCUGAGUGGGGCUGCGAGGCAAGUACCUAAUGCUGUGAGCCUGUGCGAAUCUUUGGUGAUUUCGCAAGCCCUAAGUUGUGGCAGCCGACCUCAGCCGCAUGCCAAGAGUUUUGCAGUACGGUACAGUGGUUGGAGAGAAAGGGUAUCGCGUCUUGAUGGCUCGCAAGGGAUUUUGGGGGCGGUCAUGCGGCAUGACCGCUGCACUCAUCAUUUCGUUGGGCGCGUGGGUGUUGCGUUGUGUCGCAUCUGCAUGAGUUGCAGUGAGGAAGAGGACGCGUCCCGAAAUAAGGUGACGGAUUGGGCCGCUUGGGCCGUUGUCACGGUAUACAAGGCGGCAAAGUGGAGGGCAACAACAAUGAGGGUCGCCAUGGAUGGACAUAUUACAAUACCAAGAUGCCCCCACCCAACUAAGCGAUCUGCUUACUGUGAGCUACGACCUCUACAUGGGCGGUGGGCCAUUGUCUGGUGUGUGCAGGGGUCGUAUCUUGUUUUGGGGGUAAUGUCUAGCUCCAGACAAAACGGCCGGGUGGCCACCGUCGUUUGUCUGGGCACAUGGCGGUUUGGGGGCUUCUCCAUAGGAAUUCGGACAAAACCCGCCCCAAACCCGGGCCAACAAAGUCCCGCCCCAGACAUUAGGCCCCGGGAGGAAUGUCUAGGAAACGGCCAAAGUGGCUAAUUAAUGUCUGGAGACAAUUAGAUAGGAGCCCUGGGUGUGUGUAAACUUGAGCGGUU